UUCAGGCUGCCAUAUCACCUAUGAAUAGCACGUCUACUCUUCUUUCGCUAUGGGAGAGAUUGUGGAACGAGCUGAACAUUUGGCUAAGUGGGUGGUGGACUGAUUGGAGUGUUCAUAUUCCAUCGGUUGAACGGUUGGUAGGUCAUUGUACCAUUUCCUAUUGGGGCCAGCUGGAUCGCGUGGCGAUUAACAAGAGCAACUGGGUCAUCAACUAAUUGUUGGGCCCUCACCAUCGGAAAAGUGUUGUGCACGCGAGAUUGAUCAUUCUUCAACCCCUCAGCUCGACGCGCAUUUUUGUCCGCCACUCCCCCAAUCCCUUUCCUGGGAUGCCUGCACUGAAACCUUGCUCCUGUCCUUCGGCGCCCGUGCUGUUGCUAACUAAUAUACCUCACAGCACCGUUGUACCGCGGAAGCGAUGCAUGUGCACAUAGGGGGAAACAGUUGCAAACACCUACAUGUCAGUGUGCAGAUCCUCGUAGUGAUGUCGUGAUUUGGUUCGGUCUUGGAACAGCUCGACUAGCGUCAUACUACUAAUUACGCUACAAGGUGCCUACAAUGCUUGAAAAUGUUUCGACCAAAAACUACGAAACAA